AUGAGCAAGUGGAACGAGGACCACCUGCGGUUCGAGGCUGACGCCUACGAGCUCGAGGUCAUCGGAGAGAUCCCCAGCACCAUCCACGGGGCUUUCUACCGCGUGCAACCAGACCACGCGUUCCCACCCAUCUUUGCCGAAACUGAGAUCCCUCUCAACGGCGACGGAAAUGUCAGCUCCUUCUACAUCAAGGAUGGCCACGUCGACUUCAAGCAGCGCUACGUGCGCACGCCCAAGCUCAUCGCCGAGCGCGAUGCCAGGCGGGCCCUCUUUGGCAGGUACCGCAACAAGUUCACGGAUGACCCGCGCGUCCAGAACGUCCUCAAGGGUACCACGGCCAAUACUCAUGUUGUCUUUCAUGACAACAAGCUCAUGGCGCUCAAGGAGGAUGCCCGGCCCAUGGAGCUUGACCCCAUCACCCUCGAGACCCUCGGCUAUGUCGACUACAAUGGCACGCUCAGCUGCCCAACGCACACUGCCCACCCCAAGGCGGACUCCACCACGGGGGAGCUGGUCUGCUAUGGGUAUGAGGCUGCCGGAGAGGCGUCCCCGGAUAUCUGCUCCUUUACCGUCGACAAGGACGGCAAGCUCUCAGAAGAAGUGUGGUUCAAGGCGCCAUGGCCCUGCAUGAUCCACGACUUCUGGGCCACCGACAACUGGGUCGUGUUCCCCAUCAACGGCCUCAAGGCCAGCCUGGAGCAGAUGAAGAGCGGCGGUGACCACUUCUACUGGGACGAGAACCUCGACUACCAGCUUCUGGGUGUCAUCCCUCGGCGAGGCGCCAAGCCCGAGGACGCCAAGUGGUUCAAGACACCCCAGGGCUGCUACUCGCACACCAUCAACGCCUACGAGGAGGAUGGCAAGCUGGUCCUGGAUGCCAACGUCUGGACCGACCUGCACUUCCCCUUCUUCCCAAACACCAAGGGCGAGAGGUUCUUCACCGACCCCAGAAAGGUCAAGGCGCCCAUCGUUCGCUACCGGUUCGACCCCAACGCCAGCACUGACAAGAUGAUCCACCCCGAGGGUGUCCUCGUCGACGGCGUCAACGAGUUUGGCCGCAUCGACGACCGCCUCUUGGGUAAGAAGUACUCGCGCGUCUGGAUCUUGAAGGUCGACCCUACCCAUCAAGUCAAGAUCAACGACCACGAGACUGCCAAAGGCAACGUCGGCUUCAACACUCUGGUGUGCUACAACUUUGAGACGGGCGAGCUGCAGUCGUACCGCCACGGGGACGAUUCCACCUUCCAGGAGCCCGUCUUUGUGCCGAGGUACGAGGGAGCUGACCCCGAAGACGGCUACAUCCUCGUCGUGGCCGACCGAUAUCGUGAAGGCCGCAACGUGGUGCUGCUAUUUGAGGCCUUGGACAUCACCAAGGGGCCCCUGGCCGAGAUCAAGCUGCCUUUCAAGCUGAUGGACGGCCUCCAUGGUAGCUGGGUGGAUGGCAAGGAGGUCGACGCCGCCAGGGAGGCGAGAGAGGCACGGAGAGCGAAUGGAGUUGCAAACGGGCAUUAG